AUGGGAAGCGCAGAGGCUGAACUUGAGCGCCGCCGAGAACGUGGUCGGCGAGCGCAAGCCGCAUUCCGCCAACGCAAAGCCAAGCUAUCCAGUGAUUUAGAGGAGCGGAAUCUCCAGCUGAUACAGGGCAUUGAGAGGCUGGUCAGCGUCGCCACGGGCGAAGAGCGCCCCGAAGUUCUCGCCGCGAUCAAUUACCUUGCUGACGCCGCCGGACUCGACACCAAAGUGCCCCCUCGGCACCAGCAACAGACCCCAACAGACUCAGAGAAGGACGGAUCGAGCCAGUCAGGCAUCCUUAAAGAGGAUGUCGUUUUUGACCUCGCGACCAGGGGCACGGUACAGAACCGGUACCAGGAGAUCGCCCCGUCCACUCCCAGCCGUCUGGACUGCGGCAUGUGGGUUGAUCCCACCCACUACAUGAGAGUAUCCCUCCCCCCAGACGACAUCAUACCCUACAUUGGCUCCGGCGCGGACACAUUUGCCGGCCGCCUCUUUUGGUCGGUCAUGGAACACAGCCAGAGCGGGUGCACCGGACGCCACGUCCACCCGCGGCUGUCGGAUCUCAUGUCGAAGGCGGUGGACCACUGCAAGGUCACGCAGGAAGUCAACCUAAGCUUCGUCAAGGCCAUGGCGCAGGCGAGGCUCGAGUUCAAGAACACGGGGUCCAUCAGCCCGAGAAAUGCAGCCGCGGGCGAACCCGACCUGGGUAUGGUCAUUUGCGAGCGGAUAAAAAGGGACUACUUGGAGAGAGGCAAGAAUCCAGACGUUUGGCUGCCCAGUGUGGCCAUUGAAGCGCAUUUGAGACGAAGAAUCGACGACCCUGCCGCGUUCCGGCUUCUGGAAGUGGCUGCGAGGGGAGAGGGUGAUCCUACCCUACGUGCCUUGCUCGAGAACAUUCAAUGCAGGCUCUUUGAUAACACGAUAUGCUUUGGCGAUGGGCCAAGGUGGCAUGUCGAUGUGGUGGAUUGUUUGUUUCUUGAAUGGAUGGAGAGGACAUCAAGUUCAAGGUUUUGA